AUGGCAGACAAUGAACAGAAAGCAAUGCAGCUGGUUGCUGAUGCGGAGAAGAAAUUGAAAUCAGCUCAGGGAUUUCUCGGAGGCCUCUUUCGAUCAUCUUCAAAAGUAGAAGAUGCUUGUGAAAUGUAUGCAAGAGCAGCAAAUAUGUUUAAAAUAGCAAAGAAAUGGAGUGCUGCCGGAAGUGCAUUUAAUGAAGCGGCAAAUUUGAGACUGAAAAUGGAUAACUCGCAUGACGCGGCGUCCUUUUUGAUUGAUGCUGGAAACUGCUACAAAAAGACAGAUGCACAUGAGGCUAUCAAAUGUAUAAUAAAAGCCAUUGAGAUUUAUACUGAUAUGGGUCGCUUUACUAUUGCUGCUAAACAUCACAUAACUGUUGCUGAGAUAUAUGAAUCGGAGUUGGCAGAUAUUGAAAAGGCCAUGGCCCAUUAUGAGCAAGCUGCAGAUUAUUUUAGGGGUGAAGAAUCAAAUAGCUCUGCCAACAAAUGCAUGCUGGCGUCGCCAUCGCUGCCCAACUCGAGCAACACGAAGGCUAUCAACAUUUACGAGCAGGUCGGGGAGGCCUCCCUCGCCAGUCCCUUGAUGAAGUACAGUGCCAAAGAAUACUACUUCUGUGCUGCUCUUUUACAUUUAUGUGUUGAUAUUUUGAAUGCUCAGCAUGCUAUCAAGAAGUACGAAGAAAUCUGUCCUUCGUUCCAUGACUCCAGGGAAUGCAAAUUUGUUAUGACGCUUAUAGAGAAGUUGGAAGAGCAAGAUAUCGACGGAUUCACCGAUGCCGUCAAAGAAUACGACUCCAUAUCCCGCUUAGAUUCCUGGUAUACCACCAUUUUGUUGCGCAUCAAAAAAACGUUGCAAGAAUCUCCGGAUUUGUGUUAA